AUGGCGACAGCAGAAAUUAUGUCAGUAAUCCUUAAUAAGCCGAUUUAUGUCUUCAUAAUUAUGGGCGUCAGUGGAUCAGGCAAAAGUUCCAUUGGAAACCUCAUUUCACAUGAACUUGAAGCGCCAUUCAUCGAAGGCGAUAACUUACAUUCGCCAUCUAGCAUAGAGAAAAUGGAAUUGGGUGUGCCACUCGAUGAUUCCGACAGGGAACCGUGGCUUCGAUUGAUCAAGGAAGAAAUCAUAAGAUUAGCAACUUCGAUGUCAUCAUCAUCGGGAGCGAUACCAAGAAUUUUGGUAACUUGCUCAGCGUUAAAAUUAAGAUAUCGGAAUUUCCUAAGGCAAAUUCAUUUGGACAACGCAGGCGUAACAGAUAUCCAAGUUUGGUUUAUUUACUUAAAAGGAAGUAAGGAAAUGCUAGAGAAAAGGUUAAUACAAAGAGAAGGACAUUUUAUGAAGGUUGGAAUGUUGAGGUCACAACUGGAGACCUUGGAAGAACCAAAGGAAGGACUAGAAGAGAGGAUCAUCGUUGUGGAUAUUGAUAAAGAUUUAGAUAGUAUAAAAGAUGAAAUCGUUGAUAAAAUAAAAAACAAAGGGACUUGCUAA